UUUCAAGAUGUUACUUAGAAGCUCCUCUGCACCAAUUCUAAGUUCAUUGUUACUCUAUAAUUCCAAAGAGUCUUCUCUUGAUCUAGAACAUACUCUUAAGCUUCCUAGAACAAUAUCAUUUUUAAGUCUAAGCCAAAACUUGGCUAAAAUAGACUUUCAAAAUUCUUCUAGUCCUAAGAAAACAACUUUUGUGGGAUGUAGUAAUGUUCUAAGUACAAAGUUUAAAGAAAGAAAUGAUGUGAAAGAUGCUAUGAUGGUGGAGAGUUCAGUGAUGGGUGGGGGUGUGAGUAGUAAUGGUGGAUGUAAAGGUGGUGGAAGAGGCUCAGAGGGUGGAAAUGGAAGGAAUUUCAAUGGAGGAAAUAAUUAUGGUAGAGAUAGGAUUGAUGCUUAUUACCAAAACAUGAUUGAAGCACACCCUUGUGAUGCUCUUUUGCUUGGAAAUUAUGCAAAGUUUUUGAAGGAGGUUUGUGGAGAUUAUAGAAAAGCAGAGGAGUAUCUAGAAAGGGCUAUUUUGGUCAAUCCUGGUGAUGGUCAUAUUUUGUCCAUCUAUGCAGAUUUAAUAUGGAAAAUAGAGAAGAAUGUUAAUCGAGCUCGACAAUAUUUUGAACAAGCUAUUCAAAGUGCCCCAGAUAAUUGCUAUGUGCUGGCUUCAUAUGCAAAAUUCCUUUGGGAUGCUGAAAUUGAUGAAGAAGAUGAAGACUCUCAAAUUAAAUUGGAUCACAGCCAUCUAUUUCAAGAAACAAAACAUUUCCCUCCUUUAACUGCAGCCUCAUAAAUCUUAACUCAGUCUCUUUGAGUGAAGGUGACUAUGUGGAUAUUUGCAUGAAAAAAUAAUGAAGCAUAUUGUCUCAAACAAUCGGUGGAAAUUGGUCUAAUAAUAUAUAUGAAUGAGUAUGUAUCAAUUGUGAAUAGCUUAAGUAAAUUAAUAUUAGUAAGGUUUGAAAUUAUGUAUCUUUACAAAUGUAAAGAGUAUGCGUGAGCGUGACACAUCUAUUAGUUAUUGUAUACCACCAUCAUGUGGCCUAGCAAUGUAUAAAAUUUAUUUCUAAUUUGUUUUA